AUGUCUGCCGUUUCAUUCCGUCUUUCUCCAGAAUCUUCUAUUCAAGACUACCUUUCUGCUAAUCAAGAAUGGGCCACCUCCGCUAGCCCUGCCGUCCUCAACUCAAACUCCUUGGGUCAACAACCUCAUACCCUCUGGAUUGGUUGUGCCGAUUCCCGUUGCUCUGAAUUCGCUUUGAAGAACUUGCAACCUGGUGAAAUUUUCACACACAGAAACAUCGCCAAUAUCAUGAACAACCCAUCUGAUCCUUCAUCAAAGGCUAUUCUCAAAUUCGCCGUCGAAUCCCUCAAAGUCAAGAAGAUCUUGGUCACUGGUCACACCAAGUGUGGUGGGGUCGAUGCUUCUUUGUCAAUUGCCAACUCCGAAAACUACUACGAUUCUCAAGUCCCAUCAGAAUUGGUUGAUUGGUUGUCACCAUUGAUCUCCUUGAAGUUCAAACACCAACAUGAAUUGCAACAAAUCGAAGACCCAGUUUUGAAGAACAAGAAGUUGGGAGAAUUGAACGUCAAAGCUCAAAUAGAAUCUAUCAAACAAAACCCAGUGGUCAACAAGGCCAUGGAAGAAAGAGGUUUGGAAGUCUACGGUUUAGUUUAUGAUGUCGAUACCGGGUUAUUGAAAUUGGCCUGA